AUGUGGCACACACAGACUCAGCCUCACCUGUCCGACACACACCUGACCUUUCAAGGAUUGACCUUUGCCCUCUACGGCCUCUCUGUGUGGACACUCUCCUUGCUGUGGCCUGUUUCCAUGGUUACAGCCUUGACCUUCCAGCCCACGGUAAACACCCAUCUCGGGCGGCUGAGGGGGAUGCGUGUUCCAGUCCCGACGGAAGGUCUGGGGCCGGUGGACCAAUAUUUGGGGGUUCCCUACGCUGCCCCACCUGUGGGAGAGAAGCGUUUCAUGCCCCCUGAUGCCCCAUCGGCCUGGUCAGGCGUGCGGAAUGCCACCCGUUUCGCACCUGUGUGCCCGCAGAACAUCCGCAACCUCGUGCCAGAGAUCAUGAUGCCUGUGUGGGCAACUUUUAAUCUGGAUACAGUGGCCACAUACUUACAGGAACAGAGUGAGGACUGCCUUUAUCUCAACAUCUAUGUCCCUACACAGAACGGUGAGUGCUCACACAUACACAGGCAAGCAUACACACACGUGCACACACACACACACACACAUGCUAAGAGACCAGGUGAUCCGUCAUCAGAUGGAGAGCGUCCUGAAGAUGAUGGCCUGAGGGAGUCUCGUGAUGACCCGAAGCCUGUGAUGGUGUUUGUUCAUGGAGGAUCCUACAUGGAGGGAACUGGCAACAUCAUGGAUGGAAGCGUGUUAGCCAGCUACGGGAAUGUUAUCGUCAUCACUCUGAACUACAGGGUCGGGAUCCUGGGGUUCAUGAGCACGGGAGACCAGGCAGCUAAGGGGAACUACGGACUUCUGGACCAGAUACAGGCGCUCCGCUGGAUCAGUAAGAACAUUGGCUACUUUGGGGGAGAUCCAGGACGUGUCACGGUCUUCGGCUCUGGGAUCGGAGCCUCCUGCGUCAGUCUCCUAACGCUCUCUCACCACUCAGAAGGUUUGUUUCACCGCGCCAUCAUCCAGAGCGGUUCAGCUCUGUCCAGCUGGGCGGUGAACUACCAGCCUGUGAAAUACACACGCAUGCUGGCGGAGCGUGUGGGCUGUAACGUGUUGGACACACAUGACCUGGUGCUGUGCAUGCAGAAACGCAGCUACAGAGAGCUGGUGGAGCAGGAUAUACAGCCGGUGCGGUAUCACGUCGCGUUCGGGCCAGUCAUCGACGGCGACCUCAUUCCCGACGACCCCGAGGUGCUCAUGGAGCAGGGCGAGUUCCUCAACUACGACAUCAUGUUGGGCGUCAAUCAAGGGGAGGGGCUUCGCUUUGUCGAGGGUGUGGUCGAGCCAGAGGAGGGCGGGGUUUCGGGCUCAGACUUCGACUUCGCCGUGUCGGAUUUCGUGGAUGGUCUGUACGGAUACCCAGAGGGGAAAGACACCCUGAGGGAAACGAUAAAGUUCAUGUACACAGAUUGGGCGGACAGGGAUAACCCUGAAACACGGAGGAAGACGCUAGUGGCCCUUUUUACGGAUCACCAGUGGGUGGAGCCAGCGGUGGUGACGGCCGACCUGCAUGCCCGUUAUGGUUCGCCGACGUAUUUCUACGCCUUCUAUCACCACUGCCAGAGCCCCAUGAAACCAGCGUGGGCAGACUCCGCCCACGGCGAUGAGAUACCCUACGUGUUCGGGGUGCCGCUGAUUGGGCCGACCGAACUGUUCCCAUGUAACUUCUCUCGCAAUGACAUCAUGCUCAGCGCCGUGGUGAUGACCUAUUGGACCAACUUCGCCAAGACUGGGGACCCAAAUAAGCCAGUUCCACAAGACACUAAGUUCAUCCACACCAAGGCAAACCGUUUUGAGGAGGUGUCCUGGUCCAAAUACAGUCCUCACGACCAGCUCUACCUGCACAUCGGUCUGAAGCCGCGUGUGCGCGACCACUACCGUGCCACGAAAGUGGCUUUCUGGAAGCACCUGGUGCCUCACCUAUACAACCUGCAUGACAUGUUCCACUACACGUCCACCACCACUCGCGUGCCCCCUCUGCAGACCACACACUCCCCACACUCCACCCAGCGCCCUGGGGGCAGCAAGGCAAGGUCCCCCAACACGAAACGGCCCCCCCAGUCCACGGCUCGGAGCGGAGACGCCCGGGGGCCGUUGGUCAUCGCUAACCCACGAGAUUACUCUACAGAGCUGAGCGUCACCAUCGCAGUGGGAGCCUCCCUCCUCUUCCUCAAUGUCUUGGCCUUCGCUGCGCUCUAUUACCGCAAAGACAAACGCAGCAGGCAGGAUACCAACCCUCAGCCGUCUCCGCCUCGACAGAACGCCACCAACGACGUUGGCUACACCCCCACUUCCAUCACUGCUGGCAACCAAGAGGAGGGGUCAUUAGGCGACCCCCUGCGGCUGACCCCUGCCUCGUCCCCACGGGAUUACACCCUGACGCUACGCCGAUCGCCCGACGACAUCCCCCUCAUGACACCCAACACCAUUACCAUGUCUCCUAGCUCACUGAUGGGGUAUCCCAGCAUGCACCCCUACAACACGUUUACACAUGGAUUCAACUCCACCGGCCUGCCCCACUCCCACUCAACAACGCGAGUAUAA